CCGCCCGCCGCCCGCCGCCCGCCGCCCGCCCGCCGCCGGCGCCGGCACCGCCGCCCUGCGAUCCAGCCGCGGCGGUUCACAGCGCGGCUGCGGCGGGCGCGGGCGGCGGCGGCUCCCUCCCGUGCGUCCGUCGUGGGACCUUCGCUCGCUCGCUCGCCGGCUGGGGACAGCACGCUCUCUGGCCCGCGGCGGGGGCGGGGACGCCCGGCCAGUGGCCCCGCGCCCCCCAAGAUGAAGCUGAGGCUUGGCCAAGGACAGUGAUAUACCCACAUCCCCAGAACUAGGUGAUUGCGGUGCAGGAACCAGAGGUGCCAGAGAGCAAGUCCGUUUCAAGAAGGGAGAACUGGUACAGCUAGAUCAAGGAUGGAGGCGGUGGUGGGCGUGGGAGAGACGGAGCUGUGUGGGAUGAAUGGAAAGGUCUGGCCAAAGCUGGAGGUGUGCCUUUACGGGACCCAUGCCUUGAGGCCCGGGAGCGCCCCGCUGCCGGCAUGCCGUGGGACGCACGGAGGCCCGGGGGCGGCGCGGACGGCGGGCCUGAGGGCCCCGGCGCGGCGCGCUCACGGGCGCAGAAGCAGUGCCGCAAGUCGUCGUUCGCCUUCUACCAGGCGGUGCGCGACCUGCUGCCCGUGUGGCUGCUGGAGGACAUGCGCGCCAGCGAGGCCUUCCACUGGGACGAGCGCGGGCGCGCCGCCGCCUACUCACCCUCCGAGGCCCUGCUCUACGCGCUCGUGCACGACCACCAGGCGUACGCGCAUUACCUGCUGGCCACUUUCCCACGGCGCGCGCUCGCACCGCCCAGCGCGGGCUUCCGCUGCUGCGCGGCUCCCGGGCCGCACGUGGCGCUGGCGGUGCGCUACAACCGCGUGGGCAUUCUGCGCCGCAUCCUGUGCACCUUGCGCGACUUUCCUGCCGAGGAGCGUGCGCGCUUGCUGGACCGGCGCGGCUGCAGCCGUGUGGAGGGUGGUGGCACGUCGCUGCACGUGGCCUGCGAGCUGGCGCGCCCGGAGUGUCUCUUCCUGCUGCUAGGCCACGGCGCCUCGCCCGGCCUGCGUGAUGGCGGCGGCCUCACGCCUCUCGAGCUGCUGCUGCGCCAGCUGGGCCGCGACGCUGGGGCUACUCCCGCCGCCGCUGCUGAAGCCGCGGCCUCCGCACCCGGGGAGCCACGCCAGCGCCGCCUGCUGCUGCUGGACCUGCUGGCGCUGUACACCCCCGUGGGUGCCUCUGGCCCGGCCCGCCGGGAGCUGCUGGGCGACCGGCCGCGCUGGCAGCGGCUGCUGGGUGAGGACAAGUUCCAGUGGCUGGCCGGCCUGGCACCGCCCUCGCUCUUCGCGCGCGCCAUGCAGGUGCUGGUCACCACCAUCUCUCCCGGCCGCUUCCCUGAGGCCCUAGAUGAGCUGCCGCUGCCUCCAUUCCUGCAGCCGUUGGACCUCACUGGCAAGGGCUAGGUCCGGAGCACCCUAGGUGCUGGAUUUUGGGACAAAAUUGUUUUUCAGAGCGUUGUACCUGGCACUUUACAUAUAUUGAUCUCCGUACAGCACAA